AUGCUGUCCGAAGAAUUCGUUUCGUCCCUCUGUGGCGGUCCCCUAUCAAGCAACACCAGUAUUGCCAAGGAUGUCGGGAUCUACGUCCACACAUUGAGUCCGGCAUACUCAGUCAAGUCGGCCUUCAAGAAAAACUCUGCCGCACCAAACUGCGUUGCCGUCAACGGAAGUCACAUUUUCGCCGCCCAGCAUGAAAAGGCUGCCUUGCACGUUUACUCCAGGAUACGCGGCAACCAGGAGGCAUACGUCCCCUUCCCCGAGAGGAUACGAUGUGUGGCUUUGGCAGGCGAUGUCCUGAUUCUGGGUACAGCUGAGGGAAGGAUAAUGCUUUGGGAGUUCUGCACAGGGAGAUUGGUCUCGACUCCAGCCUGUCACGUUCAACCGGUAACCUGUCUGGCUGUGACACCCCACUCGGUACUAAGUGGCUCGGACGAUUCCAAUGUGCACGUCUGGAGUCUUGCCCAGCUCUUGGAGCUUGAUAUCGUCGCCGAGCAAGCUCCUGAGCGAACGUUGUCGAACCACAGGGCAGCCAUCACGGCUCUCGCAGCGAGUUCCGGUGCAGACGGCGGAUCAGGCGCCACAGAUUCAACGCUCUGCGUGUCGGCCAGCAAGGACAAGACCUGCGUCGUAUGGAACUACCGCACCGGUCUUCCGCUGCGGACACUACUGUUCCCGGCCUCUCCUCUCUGCCUCUCUCUUGACCCCUGUACGAGGGCGUUGACCCUCGCAGCCGACGAUGGCUCAGUCUAUCUGGUCGAGCUGUUCGGCGAGCCUGCACUCUUGGGACCCCAUGCCGCCGAGGCCGCAUCCACCGUGGUGCAGGUGACUUCGCCCUUUGGCAUGGCACCUCCAGAGGCGGGCCCGGCGUCGUGCCUGGCGACGAGUUACGAUGGCACUGUUCUCCUGUCUGGACAUGCAAAAGGUAAAAUUCUUCAAUGGAGCCUAGCAGACAACAGCCCACCUACAGAGCUAGCGGAUCUCAAUGCUGCCGUCAGCAACCUCGUGUUUGUUCCUCCACUGCCGUCAUCAAAUUUCGGUCAGUCGACGACAAAAUCGCCAACCAUCGUCAAACCUGCCGCCAAUGCCGACAAGACUUAUGCUUUCACGGCACAUUUCAAUGUCGAUCUCGGCGAUUCUACCGAGCCGAGCAGGUUUGACAAAUUAAUGAACACACCCGGAUUCUCCGAGGAUGUGCUCAAGCAAGCGAUUCUCGCAUUCCAGCAGCCAUCCGCUACUGCAACACCGGCAGUAGCGGCCAAUGGAUCAUCAGAUGAUAGAAAUGAAGUGGAGGAGCUACGUCGUCAGAACGAAGAGCUGCUGCAAAUAGUCAACGAGCAAAAAGCUCUUUACAAGCAAGUUCUGCAGCGACAAGCCGGGGCGCAGAGCUAG